UUUCUGACUAAAGCUGUCAUUUCUCUUCAGUGCCGGUCUCUGACGUUCAGACAAAGGUGGUUGGACAUGCCAGUGUUCAAACCUCCCCCAAGCAGCUGAAGAAUAAGUCCAUGCUCUGCACACCGCUGGUCCACAACAAAGGAGUCUCCUGCACGACGCAGACUGUCAACACAGAGACACAGACGGACAAGUCUUUCCCCAAAGUCAUAGUCCUGCCUGUCCCAGUGCCAGUGUACGUUCCUCUGCCAAUGAACAUGUACAGCCAGUACACACCGUGGCCGGUGGGCCUGCCCAUACCGCUGCCUGUGCCCGUGUUUCUACCAAAUCCAACCGGGAAAUCCAUGAACGACCUGCAGGAGGGAGAGCUCAGCUUCACGUCUGAUCUGAAGAAAGCACAGGAUGAGAGGAAGGAGAGAGAAGACACGCUGGUAAAAAAAGAGGGACAAAGACGAGAAAACCGUGCUCCAAAGGACCACAGCAGUAAGUGUAGCGAUGACUUGGACUCAGAUCAUCAGGCCACUUUUACCAACGAGGAAGACUCCUCCUCUGGCAGCAGCUCUGGAUCUCUCAGUCGACCAAACAACAGCGAAAAACCUUCACCGGUUUUAGAGCUGUGCCAGGCCAAUGAGCCCCCCCCUCCUCCUCUGGAGCUGAGAGGGGGUUCCCAGAGCUCACUGAGUCCUGCACCAGUCUCUCUGCUAUCACAACAGACUGUGGGGACAGUCCACAACAAGGACAAGGGUCAUAAACCGCAACAGCCUUCCAACGUGGCUAAAGCGGAGGGUUCCCAAAGAGAGGAGGUCAGUACGAGGAAGCGCCACAAACUGAACAGUCAACGUGGGAUCGACGCCUGGAAGAGAUGGAUACAGUGGAGGGAAUCUCAAACUGACCUGGACCUGGUUUCCUCCUGUGCCGUGACGUUCAACAAAGAUAUUCUCCGCUGUUCCGCGGCAGAGCUGAGCGACAGCCUGUGUCGUUUCAUCACUGAGGUGAAACGUCCUGACGGAGAGCCGUACCCCCCCGACGGCCUCUUCUACCUCUGCCUCAGCAUCCAACAGUACCUGUUUGAGAACGCCCGUAUGGAGAACAUAUUCAGUGAUCUGACCUACAGCAAGUUCUCCACAAUGUUCACCCAGAUCCUGAAGAGUUUCAGACCCUCAGUCUCAGCCAGCGGUUAUAUCCAUUCCCGUGUGGAGGAGGAGUUUCUCUGGGAAUGUAAACAGCUGGGGGCGUACUCCCCCAUCGUCCUCCUCAACACUCUGCUCUUCUUCUGCUGCAAGUACUUUGGCUUCACUACGGUGGAGCAGCACCGCCAGCUGUCCUUCGCCCACGUCAUGCGCUGCACCAAAACCAACCAUGACAACAGCAAGAACACCUUCCUGCGCUUCUACCCCCCAAACGAGGCAGAGUCAG